AUGGAAGAAGUUCCCAUGUCUCAUUCUGUUCAUAGUGCACAGGCACAUACAACUUACACCCCUUUAAACAUACCGCGCCUGAAUGAGAAACUAUCCUUGCAGCAACCAUCAUUCCCUCUUGAACCUGUUUCAUCUCCAGCUGGCCCCCUUGAUGAAUUCUCUCUUUCGCAUUUUGCCAUAAACAUGCUCAACUCAAGGGACCUUUCAGGAAACUAUAGUUCACAUUCAGUGCAAGAUUCUCUUUCCGAUCCAUAUACUUGGGAAUUCGACAUGAAUGAGCUUUCCGGCGAUUCUGGGCUCUUCUAUCACCAAGCUCCAGAUGUUUUAGAAAACAUACCCUCUUCACCAUCCCGCUUCGGACAUGCUCAAUACGAACAUGAAAGCUGGAUUGAUAUCAACAGAUCAUUCCCUACUCCCGAGAACAUUGACCACUUGGCAACAUUUAAAGAUUUCCAAACCGCGCAUGAGCACCAAGAGUUGAAUUCUUCUGUGUCGGUUCCCGACAAGGAAAUCGCUCCAUCUUACGAUUUGCAAAGCUGCAUUGGAUCUUGUCCGUCAUUUGAAGGCUCCACUUCACGGCCCGGGAGCGCCGUUUAUUCAUACUUUAACACCGAUAAUUCAAUGGCGUCCAGCCCAUUGGGGGAUUUGCUGCCGUUGUUACAACCACGCUCUGUGCCUGACAUAGGAAUCGGGCUCUCGGAGGAAGAUUCAGAUACAGAUGGUAUUCCAUCAGAUGAGCCGUAUGCAAUACUGAUCUGGAAAGCACUUAUGUCUGCCCCCGGGCACGGCAUGGUCCUCAAAGAAAUCUACGAAUGGUUCGAAAAGCACACCAACAAGGCCAAAGACCCAGAUUCAAAAGGUUGGCAGAACAGUAUUCGUCAUAACCUCUCCAUGAAUGCUGCAUUCGAAGCGGUUCGAGAAAUCUCCUCCCCUGGAGGAUCGCCAAAGAAAUCCGGAAAUGUUUGGGUUCUCACUGAACGAGCGAUAAAACACGGCGUGCAGUCAACAACAAGGUACAGGAAGCCAGGCAUCCAUAAAAAGACUACAAAGUCUGAACAACCGGCGCCGCAGCGGCAACGAUCGGGAGCAAAAGGUGGACGCGCAGCCAAAAAAGCAGCGAAGUUUAGGCGAGCCCUCCAAGAAGCACAGAGAGCAGGAGAAAAUCAUUCUUCUUCCCGCCACAUGCAGUCUGACAACUCUGAAGGCAUCGUGGCCUAUACGACGCACGGCGAAGAGGAGCAACCCAUAUCUCCAGCGAAUCUUGAAAUGAAUCUUACUCUAGGAGGUUACAAUUUUAGCGAUCUCUCCGGCUGCACUGACUUCCCGCCUGAAUCUCCAAUUUUCUAUCACAACAUACGCACUGGCGGAGGAGGGUUGAUCUCCGAUUGCUCUACCCUGGAUAGUGAAACGAUUGGCUUAGAUUUCAAUUCAUUUAUGUAGAUUUGACUUUUGUGGAUAAAGAGGAGCCGCUUUUUCCCCCUUCCCGCCAUCGUUUCCCUAAUUUGGAGUUGCUUUUUUCCUUGCCUUGCAAACGUCGCCUUCCUGCAGUCAGAUGCAUAGUAUAUCUAUUUUUUAAGUUCUUUGCGGAGUACUGCGCAUCUUCUUCGCAUUUCAGCUCGUUUACUCUGGUGGGGGUGUCGGUGCACUUGGAGCAUUAUGUAUUCCGGGAGUUAUCUGAACCCUUUGGGCGUUGGCAUAACGGUCCAUGUUGAAAGGCCCUUUUCGCAUUCAUGGAUGACUCGACGACGCAUACGGCCAGCUUUGAAAAUACGUCCUCCUUGCAUGUAAUGAUUGUAUGAUAUUGUUUA